AUGAAUUCAAGACAACAACCAUACAGCAAUUCUUCUUCGUACUUCAAUAGAAGUGGUUCUGGUUCAGGCGCUGCAAGUAUAAAUCCAAACUCAACAACCACCAACGCAACCUCAAAUAACGGAGCACCUUCAUCCACUGGCACUGGCUCUGGUUCUGGUUCUGGUUCUGGUUCGGGCUCUGGUGGCUCACGCGGUGUUCCACCUUUAUCUCACGCCGGUGCUAUCCCAUCUCGUUCAAAAUACGGUAUUUCGUCUUUGAGCAAUAUAACUUCAGCACACCCAAGUCAGUACCUGGUUUCGCAACAACACCAACAGCUUCAGAAUCAGCAACAUCAACAGCAACAGCACAAUUAUUACUAUGCUCAACCUAAUGCUACUGCCAAUUCAACUGGUUUGACCACACCUGGUGCAACACAUGGUGCAACUCCACAGCUUUUUAAUGCGCAACAAUUGCACACGGAACACCCUCAACAACUAGACCCUAAGCAAUUGCAAAAACUUACACCUCAACAACAACAGCAACAGCAACAACAUUAUCUCCAACAACAACAGCAGCAACAGCCACAGUAUUACCAACACUCAGCAACUGCUACGCCUCAAUCCAUUUACUCUUCUGCCGCAGCUGUUCAGCAACAACACCAACAACAACAACAGUACCAGAUGCAACAGCAACAUCAACAAAGCUCUUCUCCUAACGCACCACCAUUGGCCACUGCGACAAGUGGCAAAGCAGACCAAGCUAAAGGUGCUCAAGCCCAAGCGCAAAAGGAACUUCCCCCUGGGAAAAAACCUAGAAAGCCAAGAGCUACUAAAAAGGAAAUGGAGGAGAAGCGAAGACUAAUAAGAGAAAAAGAGCAGUUGAAGGCACAGCAACAGCAACAAUUUGGACCACAAGCUUUGGUGAAUGAACAUCAAACACAAAUGACGGUUAGUUCAACAGGACCUGACGGAAAGAAGAGAAGAGGAAGACCUAAAAAGUUUAUUCUUGAUCCUUCAACAAACACGAUGAUUGACUCUACUCAUCCAAAUUUUAAGCAGCUCAAUAAGCUCUUGAAAGAGAAUAGUAUUAGUACAAACAACAACAAUGGCAACAACAAUAACAACAGUAAUGUCGAGGCAGCCCACCCUGGUGUUGCUUCUGACCAAUACAUGGCGAAUUACUUGAACCAACAACAGCAACACCAACAGCAUCAACAAUUAUUGAAUGGUCUUUCGGGUGAUUCUAAUGGUAAAGGUAGCUCAAAAAAGACUGCUGGUGAUACCGCAGGUGCGCCAGCUCCAGGUCAAAGUAUUUCGAGCAUGACUGAGACUGAGUUCAACCAGUUGUUGAAGAAAAAAGACAAGAGAGGAAGACCUAGAAAAUUUCCUAUUGAGCAGACUGGCGUUGUCAUUAAAGGUGUGAAGGUGCUUGCUGGAGUUACAAAAAAGUAG